CCUCAUGGGGGGACCCACAGAACUAGAGCACCCCAUCCCUGCUCAUAGUCUGCCUCGCCUCCCUCUCAUUCUCAACGGGUACAGCCCAGAGAGCAUCAGCUGUUCUGGGAGGCCAGACGCCUGAGCCGUCUCAGCCCAAAAGGACAAGGGUACACAACUCCCUCCGAGCAAGGCGAAGCGGAACCUUUCCUCCCAGCCGGGUAGGCAGUGGCUUGGUGCCUGCGGGCACAGACCGGGGCUUCUAGGGCACUCGCGGAGCCAUUCCCCCAGCUGCUGGCACCCGAGCCUCCUCUCCCGCCAAUCGGAACGCUGACGCCCUUGGCUUGCUGAGCCUAAGUGGAGUUGGCCUCCCUGCCCACCUGUGGAAGAAGCUCACACCAACAGAUGCGCCAGCAACUCCCCCCACCCCCUUGGCCUUCUAGCCGUCCCCUCCCACUAAUGCAGCAUCACCCUGUGAAUUACAUUAGGGUGGUUUUCCCCCCAGCCUCGGGCUUUGUUUGGGUUUGAUUGUGUUUGGCUCUUUGCUAAGCUGAUUUAUGCAGCAGAGCCCCAUCCGCUGGAGAGAAACAAAAGGUCUUUUCUUUGUCCGGAGCCGACUGUGGAGACCUUACUCGCUUCGCCGCCUCGGGCCAUCGGCUGUCCGAGGAGGCGCUUUUGGUUGAGACCCGCGGGGCCCGCUGUGCGGAGAUGGGAGGGCCGCAGGGGCCCUGAGGUGCAGAGAGCUGCUCAGGCCCGCGGACCUGUACCGACUACUCAGCGCCCCUGGGUGGGUCAGACCGGCCUUCGGAAAAGGUUCUAGGGAUUCUGGGCCCGCGGGCCCUAAGGUGCGCCCCCAAGUCGCGAGCGCGCGUCAGGAAGCGGCCAGGCAGCCGGCGCGGGGCGGGCUGCUUUGCAUUAUGUGCGGCUCGGCCCUUGCUUUUCUGACUGCUGCACUGCGCUGCCUGCACAACUGCCAGCGAGGUCCUGUCUUGGUUCUCCGGGCGGCCUGGCUGUUUUCACUUGUUAUUGGACUGGACCAAAGCGAACACAAUAGAUGUGGCUCUUCCAACGUGGUCUCCUGUGCCAGGUGCCUCCAGCUGGGUCCAGAAUGCGGAUGGUGUGUUCAAGAGGACUUUGUUUCAGGUGGAUCAAGAAAUGAACGGUGUGAUACUGUUUCCAAUUUGAUAAGCAAAGGCUGUCCAAUUGAUUCGGUAGAAUCCCUGGCUGUGCGUGUGGCUACACCAAGUGAGAAGGAAAUCAAUACCCAAGUGACACCAGGAGAAGUCUCAAUCCAGCUACACCCAGGAGCUGAAGCUAAUUUCAUGCUAAAAAUUCGUCCUCUGAAGAAAUAUCCAGUGGAUCUUUAUUAUCUGGUUGAUGUGUCAGCAUCAAUGCACAAUAAUAUAGAAAAAUUGAAUUCCGUUGGAAAUGAUUUAUCUAGAAAGAUGGCUUUUUUCUCCCGUGACUUCCGUCUUGGUUUUGGCUCCUAUGUGGAUAAAACUGUCUCACCUUACAUUAGCAUCCACCCAGAGAGGAUCCACAAUCAGUGCAGUGACUACAAUUUAGAUUGUAUGCCUCCCCAUGGAUACAUCCAUGUGCUGUCCCUGACAGAAAACAUCACUGAAUUUGAAAAAGCAGUCCACAGACAAAAGAUCUCUGGAAACAUAGAUACUCCAGAAGGAGGUUUCGAUGCCAUGCUUCAAGCUGCUGUCUGUGAGAGUCAUAUUGGAUGGCGAAAAGAAGCUAAAAGAUUGCUGCUAGUGAUGACAGACCAGACAUCACAUCUUGCUCUUGAUAGCAAAUUGGCAGGCAUAGUGGUGCCAAAUGACGGAAACUGCCAUCUGAAAAACAAUGUCUACGUCAAAUCGACAACCAUGGAACAUCCGUCACUGGGCCAACUUUCUGAAAAGUUAAUAGACAACAACAUAAAUGUCAUUUUUGCAGUUCAAGGAAAGCAAUUUCAUUGGUACAAGGACCUUCUGCCCCUUUUGCCUGGUGCCAUUGCUGGAGAGAUAGAAUCCAAAGCUGCAAAUCUCAACAAUUUAGUAGUAGAAGCCUACAAGAAACUCAUUUCAGAAGUAAAAGUGCAAAUGGAAAACCACGUACAUGGUGUCUAUUUUAACAUCACUGCCAUCUGUCCGGAUGGGACCAGGAAGCCAGGUGCAAUUGGAUGUGGAAAUGUGACAAGCAAUGAUGAAGUUCUUUUCAAUGUAACAGUUGUGAUGACAAUAUGUGAUGUCACGGGAGGAAAAAACUAUGCAAUUAUUAAACCUAUUGGUUUCAAUGAAAGCACUACAGUCCACAUACACAAAAGCUGCAACUGCCAGUGUGAGCACUGCAAAGGGUGCGAAGGACAGUGUGCUGAAUCUGCCCUGGAUCCCAAGUGUCCACAGUGUCAUGACAGCAGAUGUCACUUUGAUGAAGAUCAGCUUCCCUCUGAAACUUGCAAGUUGCAGGAGGAUCAACCUGUCUGUAGUGGCCGAGGAGUCUGUGUCUGUGGGAAAUGUUUAUGUGACAAAACCAAGCUUGGAAGAGUGUAUGGCAGAUACUGUGAAAAGGACGACUUUUCCUGUCCAUAUCACCAUGGAAACGUGUGUGCUGGGCAUGGGGAGUGCGAAGGUGGCAGAUGCCAGUGCUUCAGUGGCUGGGAAGGAGAUCGGUGCCAGUGUCCAUCAGCCUUAGCACAACACUGUGUCAAUUCCAAGGGUCAAGUGUGCAGCGGAAGAGGCGCCUGUGUGUGCGGCAGGUGUGUGUGCAGUGACCCCAGGAGCAUCGGCCGCCUCUGCGAGCACUGCCCAACCUGCCAUCUCUCCUGCAACGAAAACUGGAGCUGUAUGCAGUGUCUCCACUCUCACAAUCUGUCUCAGGCUCUACUUGAUCAAUGUAAAACCUCCUGUGCUGUCAUGGAACAGCAUCGCGUGGACCAAGCUUCAGAAUGUUUACCUGGCCCAAGCUACCUGCGAAUAUUUUUCAUCAUAUUCAUAGUCACAUUCUUGAUUGGGUUGCUUAAGGUCCUCAUCAUCAGACAGGUGGUUCUGCAAUGGAGUAGUAACAGGAUAAAGUCUUCCUCAGAUUACAGGCUGUCUACUUCCACAAAGGAUAAACUGAUUCUGCAAAGUGUUUGCACAAGAGCUGUAACCUACCGACGAGAAAAGCCCGAGGAAAUAAAAAUGGAUAUCAGCAAACUUGAUGCUCAUGAGGCUUUCAGGUGCAGCUUCUAAAAAAAGAUUUAAAAAGCAGUAACAAUCAAAACAAUGCUGCUGGAAACUGGAUGAUUUUUCGCACAACUGCUCCAAAAAAAGUACAAUAUAAAAUGUCACAGGAGGAGACAAAUUAUUGAAGAGUGUGCUAUGAAGACUGGCAAGUGUCUUCCCAACCAUGCGGCUCUCCCAGCUGCUGAACUUUUCAGAGAACGAUGUGUUUUACUACUGUUGGAUACUAGUGUUGUAGCACUUUACUGUAAUAUAUAACUUAUUUAGAUCAGCAUAGAAUGUAGGUCAUCUGGAAAGCACUGAUUACACUUUACAGGUUCCCGCCAUUCCUGCACUUCCCAGACACAGUGCUGGGAAACAGGUUGGAAUGAUGUUGCUACCACGGUGCAGUGAUUCUUGUACAUAAUCUGCUGAUGGAAAAGAUCCAGGAGUCACUGAAAGCAGUCACUCACAGCACUUGGCAUUGCGUAGAUGUGCACCGCCAGCUGAAUAAUGGUCAGUAUUUCACUUCAGUUGGAGGUGAACAGAGAAAACUUUAACCCUAAGGUGUUGCUUGUAAAACUGUGGUUUGCUGCAUGUGCAUUGCUGUUGUCUUCUCUUUUUUACAUUUAUAUUCUGUUUUUUUCUUCCUUCUGGAAUAAGUUUAUAAUGUCAUAGAUGACUGGAUUACAUAAGUGCUAAGUUACUACUGCCAUAAAAAUCUAUAUGACAAUGUCACUUUAUUAGAACUGGUUUUUAAAGCUGAAUGUUAAUAAGGAUCACUGUAAAGUGUCUUCUAAGUCCACAGCUUCUUUGUCCGAAGACACAGAAUUUUGUAUUUUCUUACCUGUCAAACUGGAUGUGCUGGUUCACUCUCUCACUGAUCUCAGUACCUAAAAUCCACAAGGAGUCUACAGAACUGCCUCAAGUGGACGGCCCUCUUUUCUGAUUUUCACUCCAGUUGCAUAUCAAUAUUUUACAAAUGGAAAGCUGUACUGUUUCUGCCCUCCUGUGCCAUCUAAGGGCAUUCUCUGAGUCAUCCCAACCCUACUCAUGAGAUCCACAACAGCAUGAAAUUGGAGAAGGGUGGGUGACAUUUUGGAAAUAAGCUAAUCCUGCCCCCUUUUGUUAGUCAAGAAACUGAGGCUCGGAAAAUUUAAAUGAUUUCACAAAAACACAAAGCAAUGAAGGGGCAGUGUUAGAGAUCUGCCUUGCAAUUGCACGUCAGCAUUGCACAAUAGCACACUACCUCUCGAAUCUGCAAAACACCCUGGGUAAGAGUUAAAAUUUGAUUUAUUGGUGUCCUGAGUAUAUUUCCGUGACACUAUUUCUAAGCAAAGUAGAAAUAGAUUUGUGUAGAAGCAGCUUCUUGUUUUUCUCAUUAGCCACCUUCUGAUAAGGCUUUGGUGUCCUUCCCUACACACAAUGGCUGAAAGAACAAACCUGGACCUGUUCAUGGCUCAGUUUAAGCCUUCUUGUAGAGGCUUGGUACUUAAAUUCUAACUUCUAACUAUCCUAUUUGUAAUACGUGUUUUACCUGUGACAACAGAAAAAUCUAAAGAAAUGUCUCUCCCAGAUUCGCUGUUUCCCAGCACUUGAAAGUUUUAGAUAUUUUCAUUUUGAUGAAGACUAACUUCCAUUAGAUAUUGCACUCUAGGGCCUGGAAAGCCUUCAGCAGACAUGACAAGUCCUUUAGAAGUGUAGUGGUGAUGCUGCUAACUUGAACUGUCUCUUCUUUCUCCAGGGGGGGAUGGGCAUCAUCAAAACACUGCAUACUGUGACUGUGUGUCAGGAAACUGUGGUCACUAAAAGCUGGUGUGAAAAGCAUACUAUGUUGCUCAUGACAUACAGUAUCCGUUUAUAAAUAUAUAAAUUACUGGAUGCUUUGCAGUCCUCCCCCCCCCCAAAAAUGGAAGAUAUCCACUAAUUAAAUGCUGACAACUUAAAAGUGAGCGGUGUUUAAAAGUGAACGAUGAAUGGGCAAAGGAGUAUAUACAUAACGGGAAUCCAUGAAAAGCAAGGAUUUGUACUCUUUUAGCCCUUCACUAGUUUGCACUAAUUUUAAGAUGGAGCAAGGUUGUUACCACAGGAAACACAAACUUUCUUACCGGGAAUUCAGUGCCAGAUGAUAAUAUGUACUUAACACAUGGGAUGUCUUAUGGUUUCUCUUUCUCUUCUUUUGUGUUAACUUAAGAGCUAAUUCUUAAAGAUUGUAGGGCUCAUAUUUUACUUGAAUAAUUGAUGUUCUUCUGUUUAAUAGUUUGUGAAAGGGGAAUUAAUAUUUUAUUAAAUAGAAUUAAUUAAUAGGGAAGGGGAAAUAGUAGUCUUAGAUUAAAUAAUUUAUGUACUUAGAGACUAUUUUCUGAUGCUAAAUAACUGCAAGAGUCUUUUGAGAGUUGCUGACAGUGAUGCAAUUAAUUGAAUUUUAAAUUGUUAGAAAAAUUAGUAACUUGAAUGAUUUUUUUUUUUUUGGCAUGGCAGCAUUUUGUGCCCUGGUGUGUAAUUAUUCAGAAAUGUUCCAUACAUCCACUCCAUAUACAAGUUGUAUCUUCUGAAAUAUUUUUACACUGCAGUAUACAUUUAUUUAUAGACAUUUGAUACAAUUUUUAAACAUUUUCUACUAUUAUUUAUUAAGCCAUAGAAUGAAUGCUCUAAAAGACGUAAAAAUUCGCUGAAAAUCCAGUUAUGUCCCCAAAGUUCAAUUUAUUUUAGUUUAUAAAAAGAACUAAAAAUACAUGUCUCUAUAGGCAAACCUUUCAAAACUUAAAAAAUUAAAAUUGUUUAUACAUUAAAUGCAAAACUUUACCAAAGAAUAAAUUUCAAGUAUUUUAAUAUUUCCUUACUCUCUAUUGAAUAUGUUCUUGUAUAUAUCAACAGACAUCCCUGAGACACUGAAAUCAUUUAAUAUUGUUAGAUUAUGAAUAUUUUUCUCCAUAGAAUAUUUCUUCUGGUACUUGGUUGAAUAAAUUAUACCCAAUGGAUUUUCCUUACUUUCCUGGCUCCUGUUUGUCCCAUUCACACUUCUCUAGAAGUUGGCCAUAAGCUUCAAACUAUUAUGUUCAAUUGUAAAAAAUAACUGUCUAAUAAUAUGACUAAGUUUUCCAUUUCAAAAGAUCUAUGAAUUUAAACACUCAUUUGAACAAAGACAGCCCCAAUGAAAACAAAGAAUUUAAAAUUUUCACAACUAGUAAUUUACGUUUUUAUAAAGGUAGCAACUCACUAGGAAUUUCAACCAUAUGAAUACUGUAUUCUCUUUGUUUACUCUUAAUACUUAGUUUACAGUUAUCCUUAUGUCCUUAAAAACAUCAUUUCAUUUCAUGUGGUGAAAAAUCUUCAAAAGAAUAUAGAACUGAUUAAUAUUCCCUCAAAUCCUUCAUUUUUCCCAAUCCAUAAUCCCUGCAUGGCAAAUUAGUUAUGAUAACUGAUUAAACAUAUCUACUGUGUGUGUUGCUGAUUCUAGGACACACACUUUUUCAAUUUAGAAUCUCCAAAAUUGUGAUGUCUUUUGAAAUUAUCAUCUGCAAUGCAGUGUUUGAAGUUGUGUAGGAAUAAACACUACACUACUUCAAUUUAAUUUAAUAUUCAUGGGUACACAGUUAUUCCUUUCCUUAUACAUGCUUAUGAAUUCAUUUGUGAUAACAUGUAAAGCCAGUGUUCAAUACAACUGAACCACAUACCACUCAACACUGACCUAACUGGCUGUCAGCUCAUAUCCUUGCAUCUCCAAGUUACAAAAGCUCUUUUAGGCUCACAUUUAUGUGUUAUGAUAAUAGCAGUGAUCUAGGCAAACCUAAGUUAACUAUAAAAAUACAGAGGCUUCUCAAGCUUCCUGUAAGGAUCUUCAGUCUUUCCACUUUUUUGAAGGAAUUGUUUGAAAUGAUCAUCUCACUUUUAAAUAAGUUAACUGGAAAAAAGAUUAUAUGAAAAUAUCGUAGUUAGAUUUAAUGGCAAUUGUAUGCUUGAUGUCAGCUGCAAGAGAAUAAAUGAUGCAACCAGUGGUCUUGUGGAAAAGAUUUCCUCUCAGGUUUCCUAACUUUCUUAUUUUUCCUUAUCCCUUCCGUUCAUUCUCUGCUUUCUUUGCCUCUAAUAGCUUGCCUCUCCAACCCAUGUGAUGACUAUUACAAAACUGUAUAGUUAAAAUAUAGUACUUAUGAGAAGCAAUUGUUCCACUCUCUGGGCAGCUUUUAAUCAAAUAUGUGAGAGUAACAACACUACUCUGUGUCUACCUGAAGUACCCUCCUGAAUAAAAUGUAUCCUUGUAUGCUAACACUUUCAA